GUGUACACAAAGGCAUGCUUCACCAAUUCUUUGAGUGCUACAUUCUACUACACAACAAGAACAGACAAUCUCAACUUUUUUUCAUGUGUUCGUGCAAAUGCUAACAUUUAUCAUAAAUUUCCCAUGUCCUCUUCUUUAAAUAUUUUAAAUAAUAUGUCAUGAAUUCGAGGUCUUGAUUACGUAGCCCUAUAUAUAUAUGGAUCUCAAAACCAAUUCUUUUAACACUCACCGGUUUCUAUUUUCUAGUUCCAGUUGCAAAGUAUAUUCAUCCAACAAUAUUAUCUAGAAUUGCAGGGUUGGUUAUGGCGAAAGAGAUGUGCCACUUGAUCACUUUAUUAGCUUUUUCUUUCUGCUGUUUGACUUUUGCCUUUGAUCCCAAACCCCUUCAAGAUUUCUGUGUAGCCGAUCCGAAUAGCUCAGUUUUUAUAAAUGGCAUGGCCUGCAAGAAUCCUAUGCAAAUUCAAGCCAAUGACUUUUACUUCAGGGGUCUGCAUCUUAGGGGCAACACAUCAAACCCUUUUGGAUUUAUGGUGCAGCCUGUGACUGUAGCUCAGUUACCUGGGCUCAACACUUUAGGCAUCUCAAUGGUCCGGAUUGACUAUGCACCUUGGGGAAUCAACCCACCUCACACGCACCCACGAGCCACCGAGAUCAUUACCGUUUUAGAAGGCACACUUCAGGUUGGAUUUAUUACCUCGUAUCCAGAAUACAGGCUUAUCACCAAGGUACUAUAUAAGGGUGAUGUGUUUGUGUUCCCAGUAGGACUUGUUCACUUCCAACAGAAUGUUGGAAACAAAAGUGCCGUUGCUAUUGGUGCAUUAAGUAGUCAAAACCCUGGUGCUAUAUUCGUUGGAAAUGCUGUUUUUGGAUCAAACCCAACAAUUUCGAGUGACAUUCUAGCUAAGGCGUUCCAAGUGGAUAAGAAAGUGGUGGAUCUGCUCAAGGCAAAGUUCUAAAACUUAUUUGCAUUUUUUUUACAUUUCAUUUUUGUGUGAGGAUGGUGAUAGAUAUUAGGAUUGCUUAUUUCUUAUUCAAUUUUCCCUUGUGAAAUGCACAUUUAAUUGAUUCGUGAUGACUUAAAAGAAAUCAAAUUUAAUGAAAAAAAGAUUUAUCAAUGGA